AUGACCUUCAGACACGUUGGAGUGAUCCCUCUGCUGGCGGUCGCUUUUUGCUUACUCGCUUUUUUCAUCGGGUAAACUUUUUUCACAGUUCUUUAUAUCUCUGUACCUAUCUUAUCUCAAGAAUUCGUGGAUUCUAGUUGAUAAAAGGUUUAUCGGCAGAAUAUAUUGCUUCUUUAUAAAUUCCGAAACGGACUUGCAAACUGAAAAAUCAAAGUUCUCGAUUCAAACCCCAAAGCUUAAUUUUUUUUACGAAAAUUUUUUUGGGAUAAAAUUUGAAGCAUCUUGGUAUCAGAAAAAAAUUUCGGCUUUAUGUUUUAUGCUGGUGUCAAAAUGUGAUGUUUUGGAGGUUACCAAAUGGUAAUGGGAAAGAAAAAAAUUCUGAGUAGAGAUUUUCAACAAAAUUCCAGUCAAUUUAUUAAAACCAUUUGUACGAAUCUAUAAUAACUAGGAAAAGUUUUUUUUUUAAUUUGAUUCCAUAUUCAACUCGAAAAUGGUUUUCAGGUACGCCAUAGCUCUUUCGAAAGACCAUAUUGACGCAUGGAUUCCUUACAUCAGGUAUUUGUUGAAUGUUCCCAUACCUAAAAAAACUAUCGUCGUUCUCAAACAGUUGUCGCCGAAUUGCAUUUCGUCAGAAAAAAAUGUUUUUGGCGCAAAGGUUUUUCGAAAUUUUGUUAAUUAAAGUUAGUUACUUUUUACCUGGAGAGCAUUUUUUAGAAUAAAAUGUGAAUCUCUCAGGUCUAAAAACUUUCUUUAGAAUUUUUUUAACUUUCUGAAUUACUUCCAAAAAUUUUAUAACGACGAUCUUUAAUUCGAAAUUGAAAAUUACGAGUAUUUCGCCAGAAGGAGUCUCAGUCAACAAAAAAAUUUCAAAGAAUGCAAAUAUGAGAUCGUCUCCUGAAAUAAAGAAGUUAUGCAGAUGAAAAAACUUCCACGGUCUUGAUCAGGCACAGUAAAUAAGCUUUUGGCAGAUUCGCAAAGAUUUCUGAUAAAUUUUUUUACCGAAAAAUCUCUGACAUAAUAACUUUUCACUUCAGUGACUGCGGGGCUCUGCAACCGGAAAGCUCAAUUUUCGGACAAUUGCUCAACAUUGCCGCCAUGUUUUGUGAGUUUUUCAUCAAAAGAACCAGCAAGAAAAACAAAUUUUCAGUAACAUUUACGUUUUAUUUGGCUCAUCGCAAUAUUGUAUGUUUUUACAAGUCAAUAAACGUGAACAUUGGUGGUUGGAAAACUUUUUCACUGCUUUUGAUGCUUUUGGGCUGGUUUUCGGCUCUUGGAGGCUCAAUGGUGGCCAACUUCCCGGUUAGUUUUGACUAAAUGGUUGAUUGAGUCUUUACCUUUGUCGCUUGGUCAUCUUUUAACGCUUUACGGUGCUUCUGGGUGGUGAGAAAUCAAAUACUUUGAACGCUUGUCUUUGUCCGAUUGUCCGUCAAAUGCUUCAUAAAAGUUUCAAAACGCCUUCAUACCGUGGUUACUCAUAGAAACGCUUGUAGAGUGCACGUUAUCAAAAGGUUCAGGUUGUGAAUCACUGAUUGUCAGAAAUUACUGAAUUUAUGGUUUUUGAGGUCUUCAACUGUUCAAAUUUGUAGCUAAAAAGCCUAUCGUUAAAACUUCAAAUGUUGAAUCAUAUGAAAAACUGGUGAAAAAAAGUAAUCGAGUCUUUUUUUGCUUCUCUAAUUACUGUAGAAAAAUUGAACAAAAGAAAAAAACCGUGUUGAGCAGUUGAGCUAGUGCAGUGAAAAAAAUCAGCAAGAUGAAAAAAAUUAGGAUUUCUCAUUUUUAGCGAAGCAUGCUUUUUUUCAUAAAUUUUUUUUCUGAAGUUCAAAAAAAGGGUUUCGAAAAAAAUGUAUAAAAAUGCCUUGUUACAGUUUUUCAAUUUCAAGCAAUUUGAAAAUCGAACAAUGACAAGAGUUUGCUUAUCUUUCAGAACAGAUAUUAUUUAGUGAGUGAGGAUGAUUUUGCGCGAACUAAGAAAAGACUCAGUUUACCAAGACCAGUGAUCCACAGAAGAAACCUGAAACGUGCACUUGCUAGAACAGCGGAGGCGCAGCCAAAUGUCCUGCGGCGGCGGAUCAAGAAGUUAAGGAAAGCUACCAUCUGACCGCACACACCGUCGGCGCCUUCAUGUUCUUCAUCGGUCUUAUCCUCUACUUCUGGGGCCAACUUGUCUUGGCUUACAGUUUACGGUAAGGUCAACUACAAAAAGAUUCAUCAGCACUGUUGCCCAUUAUCUUCAGAUUCUGAUAUUUUUCCCGAUAGCAAAUAUAACUUGAAUAAGAAAGUAUACAGUGUGGCCUUUCAAAAAUGGUCGUUGUCAAAUAAUUUUUAAAGACUUUUUUCAAGCUCAAAACUUCGACAGAAUAUCCUCCUAAAGCUUCCCAAACAUUCUCCUCAUUAGAAAUAAUGUAAUCAAAAUUUAUCACUUAUAAAACUUUUUCCCGAAAGCAGAAAAAAAAGUUGAACCAGAAGGUAAUGAGAGACUCUCACGUCUCCUCAACAAAACUACAUUUUCCGUGAUUUUCCGGACUGUGACAAGUUCUUUAAGCAAUGUUCAAAAAAAGAACCGUUUUCAGGCCAAAAAUGGUGCCGAUUCAUCUCACGAACUUCCGUCUGCUCCUUACUUUUUCAGUCUCGGUUGUACUGAUCUUCCGUGAGUGAAGCUGGAAACAUUGACAAACGGAAAAACCUCUCUGCAGACUCGGUGUGCUUGUUCGUUCAGCCUUUUGUGAAAAGAGAAAACGGAAAGCUGCCCGAUCAUCCUGAAUGGCCUGGAAACAUUGAAAGACCCAAAUCGACGUCACCGGUGAGAUUAUUCAGAAAAAAGUCAAAUUUAAGGGAAGAAUUUCAAAAAUUGCUAAUUUUUUAAACUUUCUUCUGUACAAAAACGUCGUUGAGUUUUCAACUCUUUCAAAGAUGCUUCACCACAAAGGCAUUUUUUUCUUCCUUCUCAAGAAAACAGUUCAGAUUAUGAUUUGAAAUAUUAUAUGUCAUAAGUAACCUCAAGGAAACUUUCAACAACUAUUUUGAACAGACUAUGCAGUUAUGAAGUAAACUUUUUUAGUACUACACAAAUCACGUGGUAUCUGCUUUGUCGGAAUGGAUCCUCUGCUUACUUUUGAUGCUGAACAUCCUGACCUAUACGUUCGACUUUGCGAUGACGACUCUUCAUGCUCCUCAGUUAACCCGCUCAGGUUCUCCCAAGGACGAAGUCGCGAGCGACGCAACGCUAGUCCAUCAAAAGGAUAACCGUUUACACCACUUUGUGCGUCUUGGUCUUAUGUCUUUUGUCUUCUCUCUUCCUUUCCGUCCAAAAAAGAAGACGGAAAAUGUUAUAAAUGAAAAAUAUCUGAACUCAGGCAAUCGAUGCCUAUGCGAACACUCCAGUGACAGCGUUGGCAACAGUGCCAGACCACUAUUCCGAAACGAUGUCUCAUAGGCGACUCCCCAGAAUUGAUAGAAUCUUCCCAUUAGGUAGUUAUCUCAUGUUCGACUUCGAUUUGACGUUCUGAACUUUCAGGAUCGGCUACGACCGCGGUGAGACCGCCGAGAAGGGACGAACUUGUGAGCGGCACAAUCUACUCUCCAACUCAUAGAUUCUAG